UGUCGUCAGAGUUCUACAAAGGUCAAUUUGCCUGGCAACCAACGUCUAGGUAACAGCUGCUGUACACAGUGAAUAUGUUUCACGUUUAAUAUCCUGUUUAUAAAAAAAACAAACAAAACAGUUUAUUACUGUGAGUAAAGUGUAAGUAAGAGAUUAAAAGCGAGUUUAAAAGAAGAAGCGUGAUCCUUUUUCAGGCACUCUUUAGGAAGCAUGUCACGGAACACCUCCAAGACUCGAGUUGAAAAGGCUCGUGUGACUUCAGCCCAGCCUCCACCUCCUAAUCAAGCUGAGGACGAGGAGGACAGUGUGGACCCAGGAUGUCUGGCCAAGUCUGAGCUCCUGAUGAUGAGAGCUCAUGAAGAAGGAGAGGAAAUUGUUGCAGAUAUCCUGGAGGAACUCAUGACCCAUGCUUUGGAGAAGUGUUAUGAAGUGUAUCUCAAGAAACAGAUAAUACCAUUCACUGUGACCUGGGCAAAGAAUACCAUGUUCCAGCUGGCAAAGUGUAAGUACCUUAUGCAUGAUGAAGGUGAUGAUGUAGACACAACCUCAAUCCUGAAGGAAGAAACAGCACCUGCACCUUCGCUUCCAGAUUCCUGGGCUGAAGGUUGUGUGCCAGUUAUCAAAAUCUCAAAUCAUUUCCAGAUGGUUAAGAUUGAUGCACACAAAGCUGAUGUUAAAGAGACACUAAAAAUACAGGAAGCCCAGUCAAUAAACCAAACUGAAGCUCCCCCAAGGAAACCAAGACGAAACAACAGGAGCAUGAAAGUAAUCCCUGCGUCUCAUGCAAAGAUUGAAUUGGAAAGAAAACCGCAUCCACCUGAGACACCUUCAUCAAAAAAACUGAAACCUCCAGAAACACAGAAUAUAUUGCAGUAUUAAGACUUAUUGGUCGAAAACAACCUGGACAUUUUCUACAGACAAGAUCUAUAGCAGGUGUCUCAGAACAUCCUGUCCUAUAAAAGAAUGAUACCAAAUGACAAUUUUGAGAGACUGACUUUGAGAGUAAUUGGAACUGUUCCCUAGUUUAAGAUAUUCUUGUAUACAGUAAAGAGAGCCAACCAAAAUAUGCUUUAGUUAAGACAAUAGGUUUUAGACAACCUACAGAUUUCUUUUUUUGUUCAUUCAAAAUGGAUGUUUUGGGUUCUACAUAACUAUUGAGUUGACAAACAGAAUUGCUUUAAUUAAAACAUCUGAAUAAGACACUAAAAACAGCAAAUAUACAAUAUACCUUGCCAAAAGAUUUCUGGUGAAUGGACCAGAUUAACAUUUACAGGUGUGAAAAAGUGUUGGCCCCCUUCCUGAUUUUGUAUUUUUUUGCAUGUUUGUCACACUUCAAUGUUUCACAACAUGCAGUUUUUAAAUAAAGGUUUUUAUUAUUAAAGGAAAAAAAUUUUGGUUCACUCAUUUUUGCAGAAUUGUUGUUGUUCAGCCAUAUUGGAGGGUUUUUGAGCAUGAAUCGCCUUUUAAGGUCAUACCACAACAUCUCAAUAGGAUUCAGGUCAGGGCUUUGACUUCAUUUUGCUUUUUUCAGCCAUUCAGAGGUGGACUUGGUGGUGUGUUUUGGCUCAUUGUCCUGUUGUAGAACCCAAGUUUGCUUCAGCAUGAGGUCACGAACAGAUGGCUGCACAUUGUCCUUCAGGAUUUUUUGGUAGACAGCAGAAUCCAUGGUUCCAUUUAUCACAGCAAAUAUUCCAUGUCCUGUAGCAGCAAAACAGCCCCAGACCAU